CCAUCACCAAUCGCGGUGAAUGCACAGGCAGUGACAGCAGCUGCUGAGUAGGAUGCGCAGUCUGAGCGCAACUUGCCAUCAGGAAGGUGAGGCUGUGCCGGCGGUAUCUCAUCGUGAGACUCGUACGAGAAGAGAUAAACCGCUUGUGGACAGGCCGUGCGUGCUGUGCUUGCCAUAGAGGUAGCGUCGACAUGCAGUCACGAGUACUCACAGAUGCAUCCGCUCCAUCCUUCCUGGACCUGUUUAACCCCUUCUCCUCGAAUCUGGUCAUCGCAAGUAUAUAUCCACAGGUCUCGAGAAGACCAUUCUUCCUUUCGAUCCAUAUCAUCCACCGCCGGAUGAGCAGGUGAAAGGAAGAGCUGGUGCACUCGGCGAACCAUUCACAGCCUACCUCUCUCUAAACGUCAUCUACUUUCCCUGCAGCCGAACGAAGAUCAGGCACUGCUUUGGUCACGAUUACGCUCAACAUCGAUGUGGUGUUCGAAGGCAACAUCAUGACCAAUCCAUCAGCACUGCACCAGCCUGCCCAGUACGAUGCAUCCAAUGCCAAGUCUUCCAGCGCUUCUUCACCGGGCGUCGCGUCGCUCAGAUCUCGCUUUGAAGCUAUGCAAUCCGCCAGCUCACCGCCAGCAGUGCAUACCAGCAACGGCUACAUCAGAGGUCAGACUUUCCCAAAUCAGCGCAGCAGCGUAUCGAGCAGCGCUAUGAAUGGAAGGAAUGCCGCUGCAUCCAGCUCUAUGCCUGCUCCGCCCAUCUUGCGACAUGGGCCUCGAACUCCACCCGCCUUGCCAUCCACAUCCGCUCCAUCCAUGUUCGGUGUGGAGCUGUCUGUGCCCACAGAGAGCCCUACGACAAUGCAGAAUCCAGCAAGCGGUUCCAGUCCCGCCCCCAUCUACACAACCGGAAGGGGCCCCUUGCCAGACCCACCCAAAGAAAGGAGGACGCCUCCUCCACCUCCUGACCGAGCGCGCGAAAAUGGUCAGCCUGGCGCACAGGCUCAGUCACAGGCGCGCGCCUACAACAACGGCUCCGUCAACAGCUUCACUACUGCAGGCGAGCCAAUGCCUCCCACGUCUGCUGCGCCGACCCGGCUCCACGCUGCGGCUCCUGGAGUGCCUGUUCGGUCUCCUGGUGCGCUUCCACGUGACAGCAGCAAGGCCUCUUUAGGAUCCAUGGCGGCCAUAGGCAUGGGAUGGGCAGAGGAAAGCGACGCACGCAGCGCUGCAAAUUCUGCUGCUGCUGCGUCUUUGCCUUCCAGAGGUAGAGCAUCAGUGUCGUCCUCUAACAGCUCCACCAUUGAUCGACCCCCCAUACCGACCCGUCCAACGGCGACUCAAUCAGCAUCUCAGCCUAAUUUGGCUAGUCGUCGUCCAGAAGCUAGCGCUUCUCAGACGCAUUUGUCCCCGCCUCUGCCUGCCCGUCCUGUUGCUUCGACCGCACAUGUUGACAGUGCACGACCUUUGAGCACCAAGAAUACUCCUCCGAUCCCGCCAUCUAGGCCGAGCUUUACCUCUGAUUCGCCAGACACGCUCAACAGGGCUCGUCCUCUUCCGCCACCUUUGCAUCCGUCGCUCGCCUCGCAACAUGGCGCUGCACCGCCUAAUGGUAGCAACACAGCUCCGGUAACACGUCGACCUUCUCCGGAUCUACCUCCAACAGCUAAAGAUGCAGCGCUUCAGCUUUCCCCUCCUCCUCAGCGCGCUGCUGCCCGCUUGAGCCCCGAUAUGGGGGGCGCAGCCUUGCUCAAGCCUGGGCGGUCCAAUCGUUCCAGUACCUCGACGCCCUCUGGUCGAAGCAGCUCCCAUGGCAUGUCACCGGACGAGCUCGAAGAGAGUAGCGAGUCAUCGGGAGAUAACGAAAUCUCGCCGAGUGCUGCAGGACGUGCUGGACUGGCGAUAGGCCACGCACAUAUGUUUUCUUCAUCGCUGAUAUCCAGGCAGAUUUCCUCCGGCGAAGCUCCUCACUUUGCAGCCUCCCUUCCUGAUGCCAGCAGGAUCAACCGGCGACCUCCCUCCCUGCCCUCCUCGACGACUAUCCUCAAGAACAGCUUUGUGUGCGCAGCGCAGCGAGGCAAAACUUUAGUCACCGCCCAUCACAGCGGCGAAAAGUUGAGGGUGUACAGGGUGGGAGUGCCUGAAGGAAGGGUCAGCUUAGAAAGUGGCUGGCACGUCAACUGCUUGCUGUUUGUGCCGCCUGCUGCCGCAGCUGCCAAGUCGGCUCAGGAGAUAUCAGAAGCGCAAGAGAGGUGGUUGUGGGCUGGAACGAAAGAGGGACACGUCCUCCUCGUCGAUUGUGUAGAGGCAAGAGUGGUCAAGCAUCAUAGCCUGCAUGGGGAGGCUAUCAGACUGCUUAGACGCGUCGGCAGCAACGUCAUCGCGGUGGACGAGGGCGGAAAGAUCAGCGUCUGGCCGGCCGCUCGCGUCGAUGGAUCGAACCUUGACUCGCCUCCGAUCACUCAACGCAUCUCCCUCGAGAAAGCUUCGACCAUCUUCAUCGUUGGCGAUCAGCUGUGGGUCUCGUGCGGACCCGAUACGCGAAGCGGUGUGACUUCGAGCGGAGCUCAUGCGAAGAGCACGUUGAGGAUUAGAGUGUUCAAUCCGUUGAGCGAGACGCAACCUUUCAAUGCGGUAUCGAGACCUGUUGGAAUGACGCCUGAUCAGCUCAAGGAAGGCGUCGGAGCUGUCACUGCCGGGACUGUCAUACCUUCUCACUCGGACAAGGUCUAUCUUGCGCACGAUUCUGGACACAUUUCGGUCUGGUCACGAUCGACGUACUCUUGCGUCGUUGUGCAAAAGGUGCUUCCGCAUGGCAUCAGCGCUCUCCUAGGUGUUGACAACGUACUCUGGAUGGGCAGCAGGGAUGGCUUUAUACACGUGCUGGACGUGUCUGGGCCCGUACCGUGGGUGUUCCUCAAGCGAUGGAAUGCCGGCGACCCCGUGGUCAGCUUGCAAAUCGAGACCUUUUCACUCGAAAUUGGUCAAAUGGUGGUGCUCUCCACGUCUAGCGACAGCGUCCGAGCAUGGGAUGGUACACUGGCGCAGGAUUAUGUGGACCAGAGGUUGUCGGAACCCUCGCUGGAAGCCCGAUUCAGCUCUUUUAGACAUCUCAGACUCCUUCAAGUGUCUUACAACAUCGACUCGGCUUCGCCCGAAGCUCUGAAUACUGCGGACAGCGUAGGUUGGCUGCGAGAUGUUCUGACCAGCACACAGCUCCCGGACGUCAUCGUCUUUGGACUGCAAGAAGUCGUCGACUUGACGGAUAGGAAAGUGGGAGCGAAGAGCUUAUUGCUGGGAUCUAAGGCCAAGCAUGCGCCCGAGCUGGCUGAUCGCAUAUCGACGCAGUACAGGGCCUGGGAACAAAAGCUGGUGCAAUCCGUCAGGGCAGUCAUGCCGCCCGAAGAACCGUACGACGUCAUAGCUGGCGGACCCAUCUUUCUCGUGGGUCUUUUUCAGAUCGUCUUUGUAAGACGCAGAGAGACGGCCAGCGUGAAACAUGCUGCUGUCGCCACCGUCAAGACUGGCUUUGGAGGCAGAGCGGGAAACAAAGGAGCGACCAUUACUAGAUUCGUCCUAGAUGAUACCAGCAUCGCAUUUGCCAAUUGUCACUUGGCAGCAGGUCAAUCGAAAGUGAAGCAGAGAAAUGCCGACUUGGCCGAGAUCCUCGAAGCGACUCCUUUUGAUGGCAUCCUCGCCGAUCCCUCUGCCUUUGUUGGAGGCGGUGAUGGAGCAAUGCUCUACGACCACGAGCUUCUGUUCCUCUCUGGAGAUCUCAACUAUCGCAUCGAUGAGAAGCGCUCGGCGUGCGUUGCACACGUGGAGAGCGGUCGACUUGACCCGCUCUUGACCAAGGAUCAGCUCUUGCGAGAGAUGCGACAUAAUCCCACCUUUCGAUUAAGAGGCUUUCAAGAGGCUCCCAUCACCUUCCCUCCGACUUACAAGUAUGUGCGCAAUAGCACGGAGUGGGACAACUCGGCCAAGAUGCGCGUGCCUGCUUGGUGCGAUCGCAUACUUUGGCUAGGCCGCGAAGCCGACCGCGUCCGAUCGCUGCAGUAUAGACGUUGGGAACCGAUGUGCAGCGAUCAUAGACCCAUCUCGGCUGCGUUCGACAUCAGGAUCAGACGCGACGACUUGUCCGAGAAGAAGGCUGCGCAGGCUCAAGUUGCCUACGAAUGGCAAGCCGUACAGGCGCAGCUGCUCAAACGCGCCAUUAGCUACUAUACCGCUUACUUGUGAUACGCUGCCGAUGCAUGCAUGCUCGACUAUCUUGCAAUCUUUCAAGUUACACCGUCUCUUUCUCUCUCUCUCUCUCUCUCUCUCUCUCUCUCUCUCUCUCUCUCUC